CUAGGUUCCCUAAGCCUGAGAGAGAGAUUACGUGCGAGGCUCUCACUCGCUCUAUCAUAAUACAGUGUGGCGGGGCAAUCCUGGGGUGUCGAGGCUCCCAUAGAGGGGGAUGACCCGUCCUCCGCUGCUGGACGGUUAAACUGCCCCUGCAGAUACAGAAGGAACCCUAAUGUGCUCGGCAUUGCAUUCUGCAAAAUCUAAUCUGAACCUUUUCGAGGGUUUGCAAUGAAACCACGUAAGGAUUUGUGCUCGGUGACCGUGCGUGAUGGAAAAGGGGGUUUUCUGGAAACUUGCCGUGCUGUCAAGCGCUUUCAGGAAGAUGAUCUAGAGAAUGAAUCACUUGAUUGACCUCUUGAUUGUAUACAAUAAAAUAGAAGAAGCACAAAAAAAACUGAACUGCCCAAAGGAACCACAUAAAGAAAGCCCAGACGUUGGUUCCAGAACUUUUUUGGAUUCGGUCAAGGGUGUGAAGAGGAAAAAAAUUGUAACUGAAAAUCAUCAUAAGAAAAUACCAAAGUCACCACUGAAGAAUGUGUCUAAAGAUAAGCAAAGGAAUGAAAUAGAGGCCGUUGCCUCUUCCAGCAGUGAAUUUUGUGUCUCUAGCAGCUCCAAAUAUAAAGAACUUUUAGUUUUACCUGAGCAGAAACAAAGCAUCACACAAUUUAUCAGUCCAGAGUUGAUUGUGCAAUCUGUGAAGUCGGGUAUUUCAAUGCAAGCUAAAAAGCUUUCUGUACCUCCUGACUUAUGUAAUGGGAGAAGUGAGAAGUCUGAAUAUGGUAAUAAAAUGGCCACAUCAAAGGAAAGGACUACUUCCAACCCUUUACCAAGUAGCCAUAGGAGUGCAAAUAUAAAUUCACAGAAUGUUAAUAAACAGUAUGCAUGUGUAAACUCAGCUUUCGAUGUGUUGUUGAAAGCUAUGGAGCCCGAGCUCAACACCUUAAACCAGUCUUGGCCACCCUGUGGAACACAAACAGAAAAACAAGGACAUUUAGUAAAAUGUACAACCUCAUCCCCUCUUCCACAUCAUGAAACAAGUUUAAGAUAUUUGGAUUACCAUUCUUCUGGCUCUAGUGGGCAGCUAUGCAUGUCAACAAAAGGUUCUCCAUCUGCUCUUGUUCACUCAGUCAGUGAAUAUGAACAGAGUCGUUCUGAGAGAAGGCUGCAAGAACAGAAAACUUCUGCAUGUCCUAGCUCUCUGGAAGCUAUCAAACACCAGCAAGUUUACAGUGUUGCUGUAACUUCUUCAAUAGCUAACCCUUCACCUUCUACAGUAACUCAGGUUGUUCCUGUACCAGGAAACUCUUCUUCCUCAACUAGUCACUCUAGGUUGUCUGUAAAUUCUUCUUAUAAUCUAGCUCAAGCAACUUCACUUGCAAGUGGAGAGCAAAUGUGCAAUAUUGUUCUAAAAGACCAGAAACCAAAAAAACAAGGUAAAUAUAUUUGUGAAUAUUGCAACAGAGCUUGUGCAAAGCCCAGCGUCCUAUUGAAGCACAUUCGGUCUCAUACUGGUGAGCGCCCAUACCCUUGUGUGACGUGUGGAUUUUCAUUCAAAACAAAAAGCAACCUAUACAAGCACAAAAAAUCUCAUGCACAUGCAAUUAAGGUUGGGCUUGGUCUACAACCGGAUUCUGGAGCGAUGGUGCUUUCAAGUGAUUCUGAAAAAGUACUCUGUAUUCAUUCGGAUGUAGAUGAAAGUGGAGAAAGUGAUGAUGAGUACACCUCUGAGGAAAGGCAAGAUGAAAUGACAUCUCCUGGCUUAGAAUGUUCAGAAACUGUAAAUAUGGUAUCCAAAACAGAAGAUAUGUUACACAAAGAAAGUCAGUCUUCUUUAAACUGCCCUGUUGCAAUGUUACAGCAGACGUCUUUGAAAGAGAAAAAUACAAAAUCCGCAGUCACCGAUUUACCAAAAGUAGUUAUUUACCCGGUCAGCAUUUCUCCAUUGAGAGCAGACAGCCCUAAAGUCCUUGAGUCGACUUCUGAGAAGUUUGUUGCACAGAUGCCAGAUUUCAAAACAAAAAUCAAGAAUCAAAAUGUGUUGCGGGCAUGUUCAUUAAGCGAAGUGGAACAGCCCACUCACAAGAAGGAUGAUGUGGUUCAAGUAGAAGAUAAACACUUGCCAAAUAUGGUAACUUCCCAUGCACUACUGCAGAGACAGCAAGCUACAGAUUGCUCCCAAGAAGAGCAAAACAAAUGUAUGUUGAGUCCUAGAAGCUUGGGAAGCACCGACUCUGGUUAUUUCUCUCGUUCAGAAAGCGCAGACCAAGCAAUGAGCUUGCCGACUCCUUUUCCAAAACGUCUGCCUUCUGCUGAUAAAGACAUCUCCCUAAGUGUAAGCACCACAAUACACAAAGCUGGAUCAGUAUUCACAUCAAUACAACCAAUUUCUGUUGAGAAAUCAACCAUUACUACUGGAACAAUGAGACCUCCCUUAGGAACAAGAACACUGGAAGAGCGGAUUUCAAAAUUAAUAUCCGACAAUGAAGCAGUAGUAGAUGACAAACAGCUAGAUAGUGUCAAACCAAGACGCACCUCUCUCUCAAGGAGAGGGAGCAUUGAUUCUCCAAAGUCUUACAUAUUUAAGGACUCCUUCCAGUUUGAUUUAAAGCCUGUAGGAAGACGCACUAGCUCAAGUUCUGACGUACCAAAAUCCCCAUUCACGCCAACUGAUAAAUCUAAGCAAGUGUUUUUUCUUUCGGUUCCUUCUCAAUAUCCUUCAAUGGAUUGUUUGCCAAUUACUAGAAGUAAUUCAAUGCCAACGACAGGCUAUUCAGCUGUUCCACCAGGGUUACCUACUUCUCAGCCACUGCGUGUCAGUCAGUCAUUUGAUGAGAAAAUAGGUUCUCUCUAUGAUGAUGUUUUUACAUCAGGACCUUCUAUCCCUCAGCAAACCGCACAUCCUCGCACUCUUGUUAGACAGGUUGCAGUAGAAGACUCUUCAAACACUGAGCACUAUGGUCUGGGGCCAGCACGCUCAGUAGACGAAAGUUAUCCUGGAAACAAAGUUCCAUCAGAUGUUUUGCUGCCGAGAAGUAAAUCUUUUAUACAAGGCUCGAGUUUGGACAAGACAAAAAAAACACAUCAAGGAAGAGGUACAAUGUUUGAGUGUGAAACCUGUAGAAACAGGUACAGAAAAUUAGAAAACUUUGAAAAUCACAAGAAGUUUUACUGUUCCGAGUUACAUGGACCAAAGAGUAAAACAGUAUCUCGGGAAACAGAACACAGCUCAGCAGUAAAUAGCUCACAGCCUCAAAUUCUUCACUACAGAGUAGGUCCUUCAUCAGGAGUGUUGGAUCAUCCACUGCAAAUAAGAAAAAGAAGAAAGAUGAAAAGCGUUGGAGAUGAUGAUGAGCCACAACAAACAGAUAACCGCAUUGCUGCUGAGAGUACAGAAGCUGUUAAAAGUUCAGGUUGUACAAAGAAUUCAUCUACUAUUACUAUAUUGGGCUCCCAAUCAUGUACAGUAUCAACCCUCAAUCCUCAAGUACAGUUGGUGGCGAGGAGCACAGAGACCAGAGCAGAUAGCAAGCAGCCUACAGUGGAGAAAAAUGUACAUUUAAUUUCUCAAGAAAAUGUCAGACCAAAAAGUCAAGGAACUGGGAUUUCUGUUAUUCAGCACACAAAUUCAUUAAGUAGGCCAAAUUCAUUUGAGAAAUCUGAGUCUGUUGAAAGAGUUUCACCCGUGCCAUUUUAUGAACCCCAUAAAAGUGUGAACCAUCCUUUAAAUAGAGUUGGCAUCCGUCAUGAUGAAAGAUCCAGUUGCUCUCACAAUUCCCCUAACAAAUUAGUUGAAACACCUAGACCAGAAGUUCAAGAGAGUCAGCAUGGCCUUUCUGCUGAACGAACUGCUUUAAAUACACAGUCUCGUCUGGUACGCCAGCAUAACAUUCAGGUCCCAGAGAUAUUGGUUACAGAAGAACCAGAUAAAGUACCAGAAAGCCAAACAAAAGAUCAAGAAACACAAGAGAAAUUUUGUUGGCCACAACGUAGUGGAAGCCUUUCUAAUUUACCUACUGAAAAACUUCCUCCCAAAAAGAAACGAAUAAGGUUAGCUGAUCUGGGGCACUCAUCUGGUGAAUCAAGUUUUGAGUCAACGCUUUCAAGGAGUUUAAGUCGAGAGAGCAGCUUAUCUCGUGCGUCAAGCCUCUCGGCUUCAUUUGAUAAAGAAGAAUAUGCAAAACCUGACAGUUCCACAAAAGUAGAUGGAGUAAAUAAAUCAUCUGAGUUUCUCACAAUACCAACUGGCUUGAAUGUUUUUGGUGGUCAAAGGGAAAUGAGACGAGCUUCAUCAGAGCAAAUAAACUGUACACAGCCUUCAAUGGAAGUCACAGAUUAUAGAAGUAAAUCUUUCGAUUGCGGAAGCAUGUCUCGAUCAAGGUCGUUGUCGCCCAUUAAUACCAUGAGUCCUAAAUCUCCCCUAGGUGCCACAAAUAUUGGCCACGUUCCUUUGCUAGAAAGGAGGAGAGGGCCUCUGGUAAAACAGAUAUCUUUAAAUAUUGGUGCUGAAGACACAGCCCCUUUAUCGAAGCAUGUAGGGAAGCAGGUUUUACCACAAGCUAAUGUGCCAAUAGAGAACAGAUACUUAACAGAGAUUAAUGUAUGCUCUAAAGAAGCCAAUAAACAAAAAACAGCCAGUGAGCUGUCUUUUUUGGCUGAAAAUGCACAACCAGCAAGUGUGGUGUCUAGUAAGCAUUCUCUGUAUUCUACUUCCGUACAUACAACUAAAGCCACCUUAUUCGAUCGUGAUUUUAGUCACAGUAUACAAAGUGAGCCAAGAAGAAAUGGUAAAGAUACAAAUACAGUUCUCCAUGCUGUAAGUGAACUGUCUCGUUUUGCUCCUAAAUAUGUGCUGAAAAUUCCUAAAAUGCAAGAAAACAAUGUUUGUUCUUCCAGUCACUCAGUAAGCUUAUUGCCAAAUAGAUCUUCUACCAGUACCACUGGCAAAUCAUGGAACGUUAUAGCUGGCGGGACAGAGAGUCUUCAAAAUCAGAAUCAGUCUGUCAAAUUAAGUGGUAAAUGUCAAAAUGCGUAUUCAGUUUCUGUUCCAGUUCAUAACUAUAGUUAUUCAGGUUACGGUUUCUCAUCACCUGCAUCCCCUCCUGAUAUUUUAGUAACACAGGAUCAAGGCAAUCAAACAGCUUGCAGAGCAGAUUUCCAAGUGCCGAAUAUUAGAGAGAAAUUACACAUGUCAAAGUCUCAGGAAGAGUCAAGCAGACCUAUUUCAAGCCCAAACAAAGCGGAUGACUGUGAUAAUAUUUUUCUAAAAUGUAAUCUGCAAAAAGUGCCGGUUCCUGGUCUCCUUCCCCAGCAAGAGGCCUCUGCUUCAAGCAAGCGAAUGUUAUCGCCAGCAAACAGUUUAGAUAUUGCCAUGGAAAAAAAUCAGAAACGAGUAAAAGAUGAAAACGGUGCUGCAUGUCAUACCAAUAGCCAACAAGUACAUCUGGUGAAUAUAAAACCUGGGGACUCUACUAAGCCACGGAAACCAAUGCUAGUACGUCAGCUCUGCACCACUAGUGAGUUCUUAGAUCAAGAUAAUACACUAGCACCAGGGAGAAAUAAUCAAGCUAAUAGGUUUUCAGGAAUACUGCUUGGUGAUUCCAGUUCCCCUAAAAAAGCCGUUUCUUGCCCUUCUAAUCAUAUACGAGAUGUGGUAGAGUAUCAAAAAAACAAAUCACCAGAAUCAUUCUGUCCUGAAGCUGAAACCCCACAGGAAACUUCUCCAGGAAGUACCCAGUCAUGCGUUUUAAAGCCUGUAUAUAGUACUCAGGAGAAGCUGGCUUUUUCCACAAAAAACAUCCAGAUCCAAGGACAAGUAAAACUAGGUGCAGCAAUAUCUGUGGUUAAUAUGGGGGAUAUGCAGAGACUGUCAUUUCCAAGCCUGAAGACAACAACAAGUUUUACAUGGUGUUAUCUGUUAAAACGGAAGCCAAUGCAUCUUCCACAGAGCGACCAAAAGACUUCUGCCUAUGCUUCCUGGACCAUUAGUCCAAAUAACCCAAAUAUAUUUGGUUUACCAACCAAAGUAGCACUUUCUCUACUGAAUUCUAAACAAAAGUCUGAGAAAUUCAUAAGUACCCUAGUGAAAACCUCUCAUCCAAGGCGAGACAUUCUAGUUUACUCAAGCAAAUGGAAAAAUUCUAUGAACAAGUUAUCUUCCUACAAAUCUCCUGGAAGUCAACCAGAUGACAAAAAAAAUACAGAAACCUAUACAGAUCAAGAUAAAGAAGUGUUUCUAAACAAAGCUGAGCCAAGAAGAGUCAAGAUAUUUGAUGGAGGGUACAAAUCAAAUGAAGAUUAUGUGUAUAUCCGUGGCAGAGGAAGAGGAAAGUACAUUUGUGAAGAGUGUGGAAUAAGAUGCAAGAAACCCAGCAUGCUGAAAAAGCAUAUCCGUACACACACAGAUGUGCGGCCUUACCACUGCAACUACUGCAAUUUCUCCUUUAAAACUAAAGGCAAUUUGACUAAACACAUGAAGUCCAAGGCACACAGCAAGAAGUGUAUGGAUAUGGGUGUUGCUGUUGGUCCGAUAGAUGACCAGGAUACAGAUGAUUCUGGUGAGAGACCAAAGUAUACCGGUGAUCGUUCGGGAUUUGAUGCAGAGGAUUCUGAUGGCGCAGAAGAUGAUGACAACGACAAUGAGGACGAGGAUGAGGACAGCCAAACUGAAUCGGGUCUUUCUGCUACUCCAUCUGUUACUGCAAGUCCACAGCAUUACCCCUUCCGAAACAGCCAGCAAGAGGCAUCAAGUGCUGAUGAAGAUAGCAGAACACCACAUUGUUUUUCGCAAUCAAAUUCAAUGGACAUUCUUCCUAAAGCAUUAAUGACCAGGAUGACCGCAAUUACUGCUGCGGCUGCCUGCACACCCGAGAACCAUGAAGCAAAGGCUGAAGCAUAUCUACAGAAGAAGCUUGUACCUCGGAACACGGAAGCAUUGUUUCCCAAGUCUCUGUGCCAUCAGAUGUCUGUGGAUUAUCCAGACCCUGGUGAAAAUUCGGAGUCCUCCACAGAAACCAUGGCUGGGACAUCAGCAAAAAACGCAUCGCCUGUGAAUGCUCCACCUUCUCCAGUCGACAGAAGUACACAGACAAUGGAUUCAUGUGCAGGUCCAACGGAUUAUGAAGGUCACCGGCAAAAAUCAUCUGGCAUGGCACCGCAGCCAACAUCAAUGGCGACUCCUCCAACACAUCUUUAUAGCCAUCUGCCUUUGCAUUCUCAGCAGCCGGUGACAUCGCCCUUCAGUAUGAUCCCAGUGGGAGGAAUUCAGAUUGUUCCUGCUGGUCUAACAGCAUACUCAACAUUUGUGCCCAUUCAAGCUGGACCAAUGCAGCUCACAAUUCCUGCUGUGGGGGUAAUUCACAGAACUACAAGUAGUCCAGGAGAAAAGGUUGCUGAGGUACCCGGCACCUCAAGUCCCAUAGGCAUGGCUGAAGUAAAUGGAGUUCUCCCGUGUAUUCCAAUAGGUCAGAUUAAUAUGCCAAGUCUCAGCGCACAAAGUUUACAGCCCAUUCAGCCUCUAAAUGUGGAAACAUUAAACAUACUAGGCCUGUCAAACACACAUGUAGCUCCACAUAUUCACCACCCUGGGCUUACUCUAAAUGCAUUGGGUUUACAGGUUUUGACUGCACCCCACAGUAACCCCAGUCCACAGACCCACAUUCCAGGCCUCCAGAUAGUAAACAUAGCACUCCCCACCUUAAUCCCAUCGAUCAGUCCCUUAACAGUAGAAGGCCAGGGCGUCGCGGAUAAAUCCCCAUCAAGCAGCAGAGCACCUUGCCAGAGUCUUGUCAGCUUUUCAGGGUCGGACACCAAAAGUACGGGGAAAGCAGAGUCUUCGCCAAUCACACCAGAUAUUACUGACAGUCAUAUGACACUGAGGGACUGCACUGUUGUGAAAGAUAAAAACACCACUUGCACUUUAAAUGCUGACAAAGGGGUUCUAUUAAGUCAACAUUGUAAUGUUGGCACCAAUAAGACUAAAACAACUUCCGCUCCCGAUCUCUGUUUGACAUCUCAAACUAGCAAGCCACCUGCCAGUCAAGCUCCUUCCCCCAUUAGACAUCAGAGGAGAGUGGAUUUUGUCUCAAGGCAGAGCACUGUGCGGUUUUGUGAUUCCAGCAGUGAUGAUGAUGAGGACAAAUUGGUUAUAGCAACUUAGACACUUGUUACCAUUUUCCUUUUAGGUUUUUUUAGGGUACAUUUGCAAAGAGAGACUUAAAGGUGUAUUUGAAAACCUUACUUAUCUUUAAAGCACAUUAUUUUUUCUUACACAUUACUUAUACACGUGCAAUCAUGAACUCUUGACCAAUAUUUUUUUUUCGUUGUCUGCUCCCAUCAUUUUUUGUAUAUGUUGUAUAAACAAUUGUGCCUUUCUGAGUUUUUUUUGUGUAGAAAUCUGUACAUAUCAGUGAAUAAAAUAUAAAUAUAUACAAAUAUUAUAUAUGUACAUAACCAAGGUAGUUGCUUGUGUUUAGUACGUAAGUAUCUCAUGUUGAGUAAAAUGAUUAAAUUAUGAAAUACAUAUGUAUAUGUUGCACUGUUAAAUUUAAUUUUUUUAUGGAUGUGGGGCAAAUUUUUGUGUAUAGAUCUUCUAUGUAAAACUCCAUAUUUAUUGUGUCCAUAUUAGUCUUGAAAUAUGGUUCUGUCCAUCUGUGUAAGACAGUAGCUUUACACUUAAGAGAAGAAUUCUGUGUUGACAAAUGUUCCAGUAAACUUUUUAUUACUGACUUUA